GUACAGACACUUGAACUAGGCUGCCGUGUCUCUACAGUGGACAGGAAGUGUAAAGACAUUGAGCAACUGCUGCGGUCAAAGCUGCUGCAGUUUGCUAAACUGUCUAAAAAGGGAACCCGCAGGCUGCUGAAAAGAAGAAGGAUUGUUCUCUGUUGUUCAUUCUUGAAGUUGAAACCACCUAGAAGCCUUUCUGGUAAUAGUUGUGCAUCAGGUCGAGAUGUAACGAUGGGACACACUUGGCUUCAUAUACUACUCUUGUUUAGUUCAGUCAUCAGCGGGUACGCCAGAGUUCCCAUUACACCCACCGUGAUCAUGCAACCAAACUGGCCUCUGAUAUACAGAGGUGAGACAGUGAUCCUCCAAUGUAAGAUCCAGGGAGGAGGCGGAUCUCAGUGGAUGUAUGAAUGGAGGCCAACCAGGUUAAAUACAUCCAGCAUAUACGUGCACACUAUUGAGUACGACGGAGGACACUUUAGCUGCAGAGGAAGCAGUAGCCAUGGCACAACAGACUGGAGUGAUGUUCUCAUAUUAACUGUAUAUCAACUCUCCGUUUCUCCAUCGUGGCUGAGUCCUGGAGACUCAGUGACUCUGAGCUGUGAGGUGGAACAUCUGCCUGCAGGGACAAGGUUCUUCUGGUAUAAAGCCGUCCCUAAACUAUCAGGCAGAUAUUACAGUUAUGAGCUGCUGCCUGGAAGCUCCAACGGAACGGAUGAGAAUUUCUACAUUGUUCAUGGACAGACUAACACAGCCGGAUAUGUGUGUGAAGCGGGAACUGGAGAACCAAAGUACAGAGAUCCAAGUUUUGUCUGGUCCGCAGAUCCUCAUCCAGCAGCAUCUCUCUCAGUGAGUCCUGACAGAGUCCAACACUUCAGGUUUGACUCUGUGUCUCUGAGCUGUGAGGGAAACUCUGCAGAGUGGAGAGUGAGGAUCUUUACAGAAAAAGAUCAACUGUCAGACGGCUGCUACUGGGGGAACCUGAAUGGAUCUACAUGUACCCUCAAACUAUUCUGGUAUGACAGUGGAGUGUUCUGGUGUGAGUCUGGAUCAGGAGAGUUCAGCAAUGCUGUUAACAUCACUGAUCAAUAUAAUUAUGGUCCUAUCCUGGUGAGCCCCGUCCAUCCUGUGGCUGAGGGAGAUCCUGUUACUCUGAGCUGCAGAGAUAAACAACAAAAGCUGCUCUCCAAGGUGUUUUUCUAUCACAAUGACAAACUGCUCCACAAUGACAGCAGAGAGGAGCUGAAUAUCUCUGCAGUGUCAAAGUCAGACGAAGGUUUCUACAAGUGUCAACAUUCAGGAAAGGAGUCACCAAAGAGCUGGAUGGCUGUUAGAGCUCUGUCCAGUCCUGCCACCUCUUCAUUUCCUGUGAUGUUGAUCGUUGGACUAGUCAUUGGAGUCGUUCUCUUUAUUCUCCUGCUCUUGUUGUGGCACUACAGACGGUCCAGAGGUGUGGCCUUUUUCCGCUCUGACUGGAUCAGAUUGUUUAUUUAAAAAUAAUUAGGUUAGCAGACACGCAGAUAUAUUGUGAUCUUUUCUAGCAAGGACCAUGCCACAAAGAUAUGAAAUUUAAGGGUUGUUGAAGGAAGGCGCAUGAGGAUGGGUCCUCUGGUCAUCAAAAUAUCACACCAAACAGUGCUGUUGGUUAAGACAAACACUUAAGAAGCAUUGAAUCAUUUUCUGGUUGUGGUCUUUACUUACUUAAUUUCAUGGGCUUAAGAAAACAGACCCUUGGAUUGGUGUGUUUCAUAUCGCCAAAUAGUGGGCAUUUCCAUCAGGGUUGAUUUAAAUAGUCAACAGAAAUUUGCUCACCCCACCACAUGAUCCAGGUCCUCCUGCACACACACUGACUAAUACCACCACCUCACCCACAGUGGGGCCCACGACCAGACGCCACCAUGCUCACAUAUGACAGUAAAGAAAAAGUAAGUUAGGAGAGGGAGAAAACAUGUAAAACAGGGCUCCUACAUGAAAAAGGAGACUAGGAAAAGGGUGAUGUGAUGAGAUUAAGAGAAAAAAACUAUGAUUUGAGAUCCAGUUGACUGUACCAGAGGGAGGGGUUGGAAGAAAGUGAUGGACUGUGAAGGAUGAAUGAUCUUGGUAUCAGUGGAUUGAUGGGUUAUCAGAGGCAGGGUUAAGGCGUGGCUCAGCUCCUUCACCCAAGGUAACACAUUAACUUAAUUUAUGACAGAAACUAGCUGCUGAAGUUUGUUCUAGACCAUAAACCUGCCAAUGAGUGCAGAUCAAAAUUAUCUUUAGUGGUUAAAUCUAGCAUUUAUAUGAUAGACAGAAACAACUGUGUUCAAUAACGCUGUUGC